AAUUAACAGUGUUUAAAAAUUGAAUAUUAAUCUAUAAUUGAUGUUUUCUGUUGAGAAACAACGUGAGCAUUUAGAUUGUACCAUGGCUGGUGAAUUUCCGGGGAGUGAAGACCAGACGUCUGAUAGAGCAGAAAAAAUGAAGAAGCUGGAAGGAUGGCUCAACAAAACGAUGAAGAUUAAAAUGACAGAUGGAAGAACUCUUAUUGGUGUGUUCUUGUGCACAGACAAAGAUAAAAAUGUAAUUUUAGGGUCUUGCCAAGAAUAUCUCCAUUCUCCUGAUGAAGAAUCUGUUGAUAAAAAAGAAGAACCAAGGACACUAGGUCUCUCUAUGAUCCCUGGCAGGCAUAUUGUAUCUAUAGACAUUGAUGACAUAACUACUUCAACAUUAUCCAAUAGCUUCAAUAGCACAGAGUCGUGACACAUGUUUCACAAUGGAUUUUGAAUUUCCUUAGCUAGGACAUUUUUAUCCUUCAUUCACAUUGAAGAUAUAGGCUAUGUGAAUUGGAUAUUUUGGUCAUUGACCUAUUGGAUUUAUUGUGACAUUUGCACCAAUGGCCAGAUGUGUAAAAGGAAUUUAAGAGGAAUUGAAUAUCAAUGAACUAACCAAAGGUGACAUGAUCUAGUGUGGUCAUGAUGACUUUCACCCUGAAGCUUUCGCUACGUAAAAUAAGAAGUAUAUAAAAAAUACUAAAUUGGAUUUAGCUUUGAUAUUUCCUUUUUCCAGUGUUGUAAUUAACUGAUCAGAAAGUUUCUUACUAACUGCCCUCAUAUUUUAAAUUGUAAUUUAUAUUCAGAGCUGAACUUUGGUAAUCAAAUUCUAUCUUCAUGGGCGUAGCGCCCGGUACGCUGGGUACGCACAGGCGUACCAGAUGGUUGCAAAUUCGCUC